CUUAGGAAUGUUGGGGAAUUCCUGCAUUUUAAUUAAUAGUGCAGCGGUGUUCCUCUGUCACAUACUAGAUCUAGUGUAUGUAUUAUUAUUAAAUUGUUAUGAAGCCAGCAGAACAAUUGCAGAUCAACAGGACUGGUCACUCAUCUCAGUAGAUCUAUAAACUAUAAUGGGAGAUUUAUCGGGGAUAGGGUAUCCCAGUCCAGCAUAUCAUAGUGAUUUCUUUGCCCUGCGUUUCCCGAUAUCAGUAAACAGAGUACCGACUGAAGUGAGAGGACAUGGCAGGUUUGCAGUGCUACAUAGUGUCGAGUUUCAGAUGUCUGUGUCGCUGGCUACUGUUGCAAGCAAAAUAGCAUCCAUUUUGACCAGCUCAGACGAUUUCGAUGUAAGAAUUGUCCAGUGUUUCUAUGAUAAGAAUGCUCCAAUUCUUUCUGUCUAUUUACCUCCACAAAAAAUCCUGGAUAAUGUCAAGUCUUUACUUUCAAAAAAAGAAGGAUUGUCUCAACUCAUCUGUCUAGCAUUGAGAUCAAUAAUUGACGCUGAGACUCGUAAUACGUUUAGUUCUUCAUUGGAAGUUGAUAUGGAACUGUUUCUUUGCUCUCCCGAUAACGAAAGUAGAAUCAACCUUGUUACUUCAGGCAACGCACAGUUCUAUGUUGAUAUGUAUAAAAGGAGUUUGUGCUUCGAAUUUCCAAGUGUAAUGGAGCAUAAAAGUUCUGGACGACUGGAUAUUGGCGGAAAUGUAAAGUUUUCAGACCUUGUUAGAGAACUUGGAAAAGCAGCAGAUGAAUGGGACAAUCUUGGUAUACACCUAGAGGUGCCACCGUACAUUAUUCAAAGAAUCCAAAAGGAAACUAGUUCUGCAAUUCAAUCUCUCACAAAACUCCUUACGUGGUUGGAAGGAAACACCAAAGUCUCAUGGAACAGAGUUGUGCGAGCUCUAUGUAUUGUUAACAAGCGGGAGCUUGCAAGAACAAUCUGCCUAAAAUAUUGUGUCCCUUAUCCUGAAGAGAAAGCUUGUGGUAGUCCAAAAGUGUUGGAGGUUGAUGGAGCUGUGGAGCAUGCAAAAUUAUUGUUGAGGGACACUGCAAUGGUGGCCUCUAAAGAGGUUCGUAGUGAUAUCCAAGAAAUUAUCGAAGACGAUUUUCCAAGUCUCAAGACACGGUAUCUAGAGGUUAAGAAAGAGAGAAAUGCCUUAAAAAAGCGUUUAGAUUUUAUGGGAAGGAAAUUACAUCUUGAAAGAAAAGCCAAUGACGUGCUGAUAGAGAUACGAACGGAAUUCAUUAAAGAAGAAGAAUUAAAUGGUUCGUUUCACAGUGAUUCAGUUAAAGAACUCCAAGACAGGUUGGAUUUGUCUGAAGAAGAAUACAAAAGAACCAAAAACCAAAUACGUAUGUUGAUGAACGAUUUGUCACAAAAGUCUUCUGAGCUGGAAAAGAGGUCCAGCCUACUACGAGAGACAGAGGAAGCAUUACAGAAAGCCGAUGAUGAAUAUCAAGCUACUCUUACGUGCAAAACUGAGAAAGAGCAAAGAGAGAAAGCAAGAUCCUACUCACAGAAAAAAUAUGUGAAAGAAGUAAAGUCCCAAAUUGCUACGGAAGAGGAGAUUUUGAUCAAACGAAAAGAAAAAGUGAAGAGAAUUGACAACAUAUUAUCUGAGAAGAAAGCAAAAAUGAUUGAUGCAUCGGAAAAGCUCAAGAAUUUUAGGAGCUUUUCUUAUGAACGAUGUCGUUCGGUAGAUUCAGAUGGCGAUGAAGUCCCCAAUCUAGAUUCCUUUGAACUACAAAUUGAGUUGACAAAAAGUAACAUUCAACUGGCUGAUAUGAGAUCAGAGUAUGCACUUCUAAAACUAAAGAGAAUAUCACUCAGGAAUGAAAUCGAGCGCCAUAUACGCAGUUUAAAGACGAAACGAAACCUGCUGCCAUGUUUUGCCAAGAGUGAACUUAAAGGUGUGUCAUUUCCUGUGCACAAGAUCGAGGUAAAUUGCCAAGUUGACUUUAAGGUUAUUCUUCGAGAUGAAGCUGGAGAAUUGUGUGGAGGAGAUCACAUUCUAUCGGCUCGAGUAACAAGUGCUUGUAAACAGAAUAGUGAGCAUAUUUUUGCAACACCCAGUAAAUGUCAUGGACAUUAUGAGUUUACAUACACACCUCGUAUUCCGAACGAAUUCACUCUAGACGUUUUUGUGAAUGAUCAUCUACUGAACCAGUUGUCUCAUAAACUGUUCGUGAUGAACAUACCUCACCUUCCUUGUUGCUCCAUGAGAGGCUCGGGUGCAAAAAAAGCCGUUAAGAAUAAAGUGGCCUCUUUCGAAGUUUUUCUAGCUGAUGAAAAAGACUCUCCAAUCAACACAAUACAAAAAGUCACAGCCCAUUGCAGGCUAUUAUCACACUCUCAUAACGGCACUGAUUGCUUAGUGUUACCAAUGCACAUAACACCUCAUCUACCAAGUGUGUACAGUGGUUUAUAUAUGCCAAGUGCGCAUGGUGAAUGUGAACUGACUGUGUUUGUGAAUGACAUGCCACUCUCUGAGCCCAUGAAUGUAUCUGUCAGUAAUAGUAACCUCAGUCCACUUGAAGGAGCUGCUUGUCAUGGGGAACUACCCUUUAUCAAAUUACUCACAAGUCGAGGAGGACAAUUGAAUCAUGACGCAGCACUCAUUGAAGCAUCUCGUAACGGCCACCUUGAUACCAUAAAUUAUCUUCUUCACUGUGGUGCCAAUGUCAACUCUCAAAAUAAGAGCAUGCGUACAGCAUUACUGAUGGCUGCUUGGCAUGGACACGCUGAUGCUGUUAGUCUUCUUGUUAGUAAAGGUGGAGAUGUAAAUCUUAAGGAUAAGCGUUCAAGAUCAGCUCUUAUGUUUGCAUCCUGGCAAGGGAACAUAUCAACUGUAAAGACGCUGAUAAAACAUAAAGCGAUUAUCGAUGAUCAAGACAAGGAUGGAGACAGUCCCCUUCAUGAUGCAGCGCGCCAAGGAAAUGAUUCUGUGAUCACCGUUCUUCUUCAGAAUGAAACAGAUGUGGAUUCAAAGAACCAUAGUGGUUCAACACCCUUGAUGCUUGCUGCUAGUAACGGCCAUACUUCAGCUGCAUUGAUUUUGAUAAAAAAUGGAGCUAACCUCAGUGUCAAAGAUACAGCCUCAAGAACGCCUCUUUUGUUUGCUGUUGAACACAAUCAUUCUACUACUGUGGAAACACUAAUUGACAAUGGAGCAAAAGUAAAUGCUGAAAUUUAUCAAGGGAACAAUGCUCUUCACAUUGCAUCGCAUGCUACAGUCCAGAAAGAGACUGACAGACCUGCGUUAAGUUUGACUGUUUUGAUCAGUAAAGGAGGCGAAGUUAAUGCUCAAAACAACCAAUUACAGUCGCCACUGUUAAUUGCCUCUUCUUAUGGCUGCUUAGCGAUCGUGCACACUCUCAUCAAGAGCGGAGCAGAUGUCAAUAUGAAAGACAGUCUAUCAAGAACUGCCAUUGACUGUGCUAGAGAAAAUGAUCACAAGGAAGUGUAUGAGUAUCUUCAAUCUGUUCAUCAAACUACUGUUUAAUGUUCAUAAACCUAAUACAUCUGUACCGUAUAGCGGGUAUUUGUCGUUGGUGCAAAUUUUUGUAUUGUAAGUAUUUGUAGCGUUAAAUCUAUUGCAAUAAAUAAGUUUGCAAUUUUAAUUUUCGGAUGAUCAACCACAAUGAUCGACCACUUUAAUAAUUCUUAUAAAAUUGCUUUUUUGUAGCACAUAAAGAUAUAAACGCUAGCUAUAUAACUUGUGUCACUAUUAUCUUGUUAAUACUGUCA